GUAGGUUAAGUUUAGGGACUUUAGGUGUAAUUUGUCUAAAUCCAAUUAAAAGGUAUGAAAUUCCUACCCUUCCUUCCCCCGUCGAUUUCCCUUUAGCUGGUUAAUCUGGGCCGCUGCGGACACUCGACACACAAACAGCUGGUCGGAAACCCUUUUCCCCGGUUACCCAUUACGCCUCUGUUCACCUUAAAAAUGCAGAGCAACAAGAAGAAGAACUUCAGGAAGAGGACUUUCCCAGAAGACGAUGGAGCCGGCGACCGCGAAACCAACAAUCCCAACUCCAGCUUAUCAGACGACGAAGAAGAACGCAGAUUAGCAUUAGAAGAGGUCAAAUUCCUUCAGAAACAGCGGGAGAGGAAAUUCGGUAUCCCUGCCCUUCCCGCUUCCCAAUCUGGGUCAUUGCUGUCAGCAAAGAAACUAGCUGACAAGAAUGAUGCUGCGGCGGCCGCAGCUGGUGGCGGUGGCGAGGGGGAAAAGGAGGAACUCGUCCUUCAAGACACCUUCGCUCAAGAAACUGCGGUCAUGGUCGAAGAUCCCAACAUGUUGAAGUAUGUUGAGCAGGAAUUAGCUAAGAAGAGAGGCAAGAACCUGGACUUGGAUGGUCAAGUUGAGAAUGAAUUAACGCGUGCUGAGGAUGAAUUAUACAUAGUCCCUGAUCAUCUUAAAGUUAAAAGGCGUAACUCAGAAGAGAGCUCUACCCAAUGGACUACAGGAAUUGCAGAAAUUCAGUUGCCAAUCGAAUACAAGUUGAAAAACAUUGAAGAAACAGAGGCCGCAAAGAAGCUGUUACAGGAGAAGAGGUUAAUGGGUAGGACCAAAACGUCCGACAUUAAUAUCCCAUCAAGUUACAGUGCAGAUUAUUUCCAGCGCGGGAGGGAUUAUGCUGAGAAACUUCGAAGAGAGCAUCCAGAACUGUACAAGGAUGGGAAGCCGAAUGCUGAUGCUGCUGGAGGCGGCGUACCUAAACCUGCUGCAGAUAGCAAUAAUCAGGAAGCAGGAGGAGCAGCAGCUCGCAGGGAAGCUGCAACAGAUCAGUUCAUGCUAGAGCGCUUCCGGAAGCGUGAGCGCAAUCGUGUCAUGCGGAGAUAGAUGCCUCUCUCUGCUCUGCUCUGCCUUUUUCCCCUUUCAAAGGACAAGAUUGCUUUGAUUUGCCUCUUGUACUAUUUGUUGAGAGAUGCAGAACGCAUGAUGAUUGGCAUUGUGGUGUGACCAUUCAGCGCGGCACUGAAAUGAAAUGAAAUGUAAUCUGGUGCAAUGAGAUUGAGAUUCAUAUGCAAUGAAGGUCACCGAAUCUUGCGUUUACCGAUGAUUUGACAAAAAAGUGAAUGGCUGACCAUCUCGAAAGCUCAAAAUCCCAUUCUGUUCCAUCUUUCUAAGUUCUAACCAUCAGUGUAGAUUAAGAACAUAACUUAUACAGCCAACAUAGGAAACCCUAACAACGAGCCACUGUUAACUAGGCAUACCCAGGCGAUCUUCACAGUGCAAAAUAGCUUAUACGAAGCAAUAACAAGAAUCAAGCUACAUUACAUGGCUGCAAUAGAUGCAUCCAACGGAAUUGGCUGUUCCAACAGCCAUGAAAAUUCUCCUAAAAAAAUUCUUAAACGCAGAGUUAACAACCACAAUCUUAUUUAUGAGGGAAGUUUAUCCUUUUACAGGUUCCACCACUGACAUCAAAAGUACACCAAGCCCAAACAUCUACAUGGACGACUUGCAACGUUUGGAUACAAAGGAAACAAAGUUAUAGUCCCAAAACAACAAAUUAUUUUUGCCAAACAGCAAGCAACUCUUUGAAACCAGGAAAGUAGGCAUCCCAGCAUUGACUUGGCCUUCCAACAAAGCGCCCAUCUGCAAUAUCUGCCAUAAACCAAUAUACAGGGAUCAAACCAACGAAUCAGCAUAGAUACAAGAACUCUCUUUCAAGUUUAUGUUUAAGUAACACAAAUAGACAUGCAUUCUUACGAACAAACAACUUUCCAGAGAACUGUUCACAAACUUGUUAUCCUCAUCCAGAGUUCUCGCAAUGAUCAUUAUGGCUUGGCCAUUAGCAAGACUGCAAGAGUGAGGGAUUGCAGAGCCACAAAGAGAUAGUGACUCCUAAUCAACCAUUAAGAAACACCGUCCAUACAUCCUGUUAUGAACUUCUUUACUUCGCUACAGUUCGAGGAAAAGUUGAAUUACAGCCAUUGAACUCUUCCAACUCACUUGUGGUGGAGCUAAAGUAUCCAUAAGAGCUCAUAACACAACUGCCAACCCCCAUGAAAAAAGAAGGGGUAAGACCAGAACACUGCCAGCUCCCAAAUGAGCAAUUUGGACAGACAGGGAAGUGACGAAACAAGAAGCAAGGCGAGAACUAUUGUACUAACAUAAUUCGCCAUAACCAACAUUUGUAUGUUCAUAACAUCACAAGUUCUUGACCCCCGCAAUGAAAAGAAAGGUCAUGGAACUACAGAACAGCAGCACCUAAACGCAACGGAAUCCAUCUACCAGAAACGUAGUCACACACGACAUCAGCUUCGAGACAACCCAAUUCCUAAUGGGAUUCAAUUCAAACAGGGAACCUAUAACUACCCUGGAUCGCUAAGCGCUAUUGACGAACAGCUUGAUAUAACUGAAAAGAAGACAAAAUCCUACCCCCAAGUAAAUUCAAUUGGAAUGAAUACCCAUGAAAAUUCAGAACAAUCCCCGAACUCGAGAAAGAGAAAGAAACCAACCUCAGGGAUACAAUUAUCAAGAAUCCCAAAUCAAUGCGAGUGAGAGGACGAAGGCGAGCCAACCCUAUCGUAGAUUUGCUCGCCGACGAGAUAUACGCCGAAGGCGACAAGCGCGAUGCCGAGCCCAGGAGUCGCGUGGCGGAACUGCUUGAUCAUCAUUGGAUGCUUCCUCCAUUCAUCCCUUCGCCGGAAGAAUUCCCCGGUUGGUCCCAACUGCUUCCCCAUCUUUCUUCUUCUCCGAUUUGACUACUGUGUGUGCCCUCUCCCCCAACUUCUCCCUGCUUCCUGCUCUCAAAUGUGUUGUUUCUGCAAAUCGGGAAUCCUCUUCAUUUCACAACAGCGCAAUGCUCCAUCGCGUGGGCCUAUGUUGUUU